UUGUCAAAUUCCCGUUGUAAGAUCAGAUCCUGGAGUUUUCUUGGGAUUUAUGUUUUCUCGUAUUUCUUUUUUAAUGUAACGGGAGUAAUUUCUGAGCUAACUUGAAUUGUUUCCAUCCCUGCUAGGUCUACUAUAUUUUGUUCAUUUGUUCAAAAUUUUGUGCUAAGUAAUUUGAAACCUCUCUGAAUUUGCCUGACUAUUUCUUGCCCAAUUUCCAUUUUCUAAUCUAAUUGAAGGGGUGGUUGAGUGACUGGUCAUUUAUUGGAAAAAAUUUCAUCUUUAUUUAUAAUCUAGAUUUAAAAAACUCGUAAAAAAUUGGAUUUCGGAGCAUCAUCUUAUUUUCUGUAUAUACAUGGAUUGUUUAUUCAUAAAUCGUAAAAUAUAUUUAAAAAAAUCAUCAGAAAGUAAGAGAACUAUAAUUUUUUAGGAAAGCAAAGCUUGACUGUGUGGAUGAAAUUCCGAACACGGCACUUGAAAGUGAAGUUCGUCCUUCAACGAGUGCACAUGGCCAAGCAGAUUCUGGAAUUCGAACAGAGGGCGUUUCUAAAGAGUUUCAGAUUCUUGAAAAAUCAGGGCAAAUGGAAACUUUGUCACCUUCCAAAAUUUGUGGAAGAAGAAUUGUAGACGUCUGUCAUUUUUCCAAAGCUCUGCUAAGUUUUCCACACUGUGGUCUAUUUUCUUGUGAUGGUACCACAGUAGAGUUGUUGAAAGAAACUAGGAAGGGGUUGGAAUCGACUUUUCUAUUCCAGUGUAACACCUGUAAGUCAACUGUGGAAGUUUCCACUGAUGAUCCAUAUUCGAAACAGACUCCAGUCAAUACUGCUGCUGUAACUGGAGUGAUAUCGAUUGGAUUGGGAUAUGCCAAUUUAAAAGAAUGGUGUUCUACCCUAAAUAUGCCAGUGAUGUCAGAAACCAUCUACAAGAAAAUAGAAGGAAAGCUGAUGGACAAUUUCUAUACUACAGCCACGGAAUUGAUGCUAGCUGCUGGAAAAGAGGAAGAAAGUCUAGCACGAGAAUGGGGUGAAGUUGAUCCAGAAGAUGACAAAGCUGUAUUAGUGUAAUAGCUGAUGGUGCAUGGGCAAGAAGAUCUAAUAAAUCUAUAUUUUGGGCCAAUUCGGGUGUGGCUUCUAUCAUAGGAAAAAGAACUGGCAAACUAUUGUAUUUAGGCGUAAAAAACAAGUAUUGUUGUGUGUGCGUCAAAAAAUUCUAUCACUCCACACGUAUGUUACAAAAAUUAUAACGGUACUUCGACUGCAAUGGAAAGUGCAAUUGUUGUAGAAGGUUUUAAACAGAGCAUACAAAUGCACAACUUGAAAUAUAAAUAUUUUAUUGCUGAUGGCGACAGCAGCACGUACAAAAAAAUAUGUGAAGCCAAACCGUACGGCAAUAACUUUUUUAUUGAGAAAAUCGAGUGUAAAAACCAAGAAAGGUGGCUAUCAGUUAAGGUGUUUGGCGGCAGCAGUGUCAUAUAAUUCCCGUGGAAAUUAUUUAAAUAACAUAUUGCAAAAUAUAAGCAAAAAUGCAACUGGUUGUUACCAAAAUUUAUUUUCUCAAAGAAAAAUUAAAAAAUGAUUACAAGCAAAAAAAAACAAAAAAAAGUUUUAAAAACAAAGUAAUAAUAAACCUGAUAAAGACUGUGGUCUAAAUGCAGAAGAGUCAGUUCAGUUGUCGGAUGAAAAAUUCGAAGCAAAAAAACAGGAAUUUUUAAAAAAUCUGGUAAAAAAUAUCUUAGAAAGAACAGAGAUUUUUAAUAAUACCACUGCUCAAGGUCAUAGUGCUGCUUGGUAUGUAGAACGUCAACAACGGUUAACGUCCAGCAAUUUCGGAAAAAUAUGCAAAUUGCGAGAGAAAACAGACAGAACUAAAACUAUUGAAGCAAUAUUGAAUCCAACAUUUUGUGGAAAUAGAUUUACGGAAUAUGGAAUUGCGAACGAACCGAAAGCAAAAGAAAUGUUAGAAACAAUAAUUUUAAAUAUAAAUAUUGAACUAUCAGGACUUUUCAUACAUUAUGAAUAUCCCUUUCUUGCAGCUAGUCCUGAUGGCUUAAUAGGUGACUCAGGCGUAGUCGAAAUUAAAUGUCCAUAUAAAGCUAGAGAACUUACGCCUGAAGAAGCUAUUGAACAAAAAAAAACUUCAAUUUUGCCAAUUAAUUGACGGUCAAUUGCAUUUGAAAAGAACUGAUUCCUAUUACUACUAAGUACAAGGACAGUUAUUUAUUUCGAACAGAGAAUACUGUUCCUUUGCAGUAUGGACCCCAAAAGGAAUUUUAUACGAAAAGAUUUAUAAAGAUAUAGAACUGUG